AGAGGGAGAGAACGAGAGAGAGAGAGAGAGAGAGAGAGAGCAAGAGAGAGAGAGGGAAGAGGCGAGCGAGAGAGAAACAAAGCUAUGAAAUUCAUCAGUGCGGUUUCCCUGCUUCUACUCUUUCCAGCUCUGAGCCUUAAUACUCGACAGGGCUAUGAGGGUCUGGAAAGAAAGCUGAAAGAAGUGUUCAUGGAAAGAAGUGGAAUCCUGCGACAGCUUUCGAAAACAUCAAAGGAGUUGGAUGGGAUUAAAGGAAACCUGCAGUCUCUGAAAAAUGAUGAAGCGGUGGCAAAGAAAGAUGUACAGCGAAUUCUGGCUUUGAGCCAGAAGCAAAGGGAGGAGAUGAAGUCCCUCCAGGAAGCCUUGCAGAAACAGCUUAAUGAAGCCGCAGAGAAAGCCGAGAAGCAGCAGGCUACAAUCAAUUUCCUAAAGGCUGAGAUGGAAAGGAAGACGAAAAUAAUCAAAGACUUGCAGCAGGAGAACAAAAGCCUAAAGAACAAACUCCUGUCAGGCAGCAAGCUCUGUGGUAUCCAUGCAGAGGAGUCCAAAAAAAUCCAGGCUCAGCUGAAGGAGCUGCGCUACGGCAAAAAGGAUUUGAUUUUUAAGGGGCAGCAGCUCACAGAUCUGGAGCUUAAACUAACUGCGGCUAAGAAGGAGUUAGAGAAGGCAGCACUAGACAAGGAAUCACAGCUGAAGGCCCUGAAGGAGACAGUACAUCUCUGCCUGUCGUCGGUUCUGCACAAUCAGCCUCCCACUGCGAAUCGAAUCCCUUCAAAGCCAUCGGAGAGGUUGACGUCCCCGCUCACAAACAGCUCCGGAGUUCUGUUCCUGCAGCCACACACCAAGGAUAUUUCUCCGCCUUGGAAGAGCGAAGCUUCGAAAACUGUGACCACGAAAGGCCAGCCUGUCAAGAAGGGUAAUCGGGGGCUCCCAGAGUGUCAGCCUCCCAAUGUUGGCAAGAAUUGUUCUCAAAACCAAACUGAACAAGAGUCGUUGGAGAAGAGGGCAGUUAAACUAAAUCCAUAUGUUCAGAAAAUUACAGAAAUAAACAACAUGGGCAUUUAAUUGAAGUGCCUCAGGAAGCCCUCAACCCCUCAUGGGAGAAAACAGAUGUGUAUUAAAGUCAGUUGAAGACAACGAGAAAAAAUACUGGAAAAUGAGGACAAGAAGAAGGAGGCCAAUGGAAUAUGAUUCACAAAAUUGUAACAAUCCAAUUGUAGAUAGUAUCGAGACUUACAUUGGAACAUUCUGUAUGCUAGACUGUCAUUUUCUUUCUAGUGGAGGUGUAGUCUAGCACUGAGGCAUGCCCCACCCCCCCAUGCCUAUCUUCACUUUAGUACUUGUCGAUUUCUAAAUGGAACUUCCCUUGUGAAAAUGAAACCUAUUGUAACAACGUGCGCCAUUUCAUUUCAUUAAAAUAAAACCUCUAUUGACAGACCAAUAUGCAGAACUGUUCGUUUGUUAAAAUGAAAUUAACUGAAUUGCCAUAUGAAGCCAACGGCAAAGUUAAUAAUGUGGAGACGUCAGUCAAAAAACAUCUGUAUAAUAAUAACACCCAUAGCACGUGCAGCUGUUUGUCUCUUCUCCUCUAAUGACAGAGAGGCUUUAAUUGCAUAAAAUGGCAGCAGAUCUAAAUAAAGACAUAUUUCAAAUCAGUAUCACCUUUCUGAUGUUUGCUAUACUGUUACAGACAGAAAUCCACUGAAGAGAUGCAUGAGCACUGGCUUUGUAUUAAAUGUCUCAAAUUACUGUUUAUUUGUGUCGUAGUUACUUAGUAAAUUACAAUGUUAUUAUGCAUAGGUACAAUGCACUUUCCGUGUAUUUUUUUGCACGAUAUAACCCUUACCCUAAGCUUCUAAACUUAACCCUAACAUGAAUCAAUUGUGCAAAAUGAUUUACAUGCCAAGUACAUUAUAAUUAUGCAUAAUGACAUUGUAAUCGUGUGUAAGUAUGCAUGUAUUUACUAAGUAACUGCUAUGUAACUACACAAUAAUAAGAGUCACAAUGUAAAGUGUUACUGUUUGAUUAACAUAAACAUGGUACCCAGAGCUCCCUAUUUUAAUUAGGUAAGAGAUGGCAAUAUUUUAAUCUGACUCUGUUAAGAUACACCCCAGUAUUUUUUACAUCACUUCCACCCCCCCCCCCCCCCCCCCAAUCCCUGUCUCAAUCUCCUGAUGCCAGGUUCAGUUUUUUCAGAACAUUUAGGGGCAUAUAGAAUUGUUCCUAACCAAUAAUUCCAUGGUAGGAUCUUAGAGUUCUUAAAGAUCUAGUUGAAAAUCUGAGGAAAAUAAACAAAAUAGCCCGUACAUUAUUCUGGCUUCAUAAAUAUAAUUUUCAGGUACAAUCCUAAGGUGUGAGUUUUAUCAUGAAGCAGAGACUUGCUAGGUAUGUUAAGUGCUAGCAGCUUUGCCUCAGGCCAUAUAUAGCAGCCACCAAUGUGGCCAUUACCCAAUUAAAUCACUCUUGUCUCCAGAAGUAAUUGCUGAAAUAAUAUAGCUGUUAUGCUACAGUACAUUUCUUAAAAUGUGAAAAUCCUGACAUUUUCAUAUUGCCACCGAAAUGUCACAUCACACUCUGUGACUCGAUUAUUAAUAACUUGGGAUUGUUUUUGGUUUUUCAUUAAUUCAGCAACACACUCUUAGUCCUCAGUCACACUGCAACUGUAUUUAUUGAUGAAUACAAAUCUUUAAAAGAGAAAGAGGAAGCUGGUGAAUAGAUUCAUUCCUGGAUUCAUAAAGGUGGCACUAGCAACAGCUUUUAUGUAACACAGUUAUUCUCCUAAAGCUCCAAUGCUGUUCAAAGUGCCUGUAAUAAAUACAGCAACAACGUGUGUAGCUUGUUUUUGAAGUGCAUCAUAUAAUCUGUUGUUAUACGAUACCUUUCAUACUGGUUAUCAACAAGAUUAUGAGAAAUGUAAUAUACAGGACACACGUUAUAAUAGAAAAACGUUAAAAAAAAGAAAAAAAAGUUGCUUGUGCCUGGCCUGAAAAGUGUGUCUUCUUCACUUAGUUUCUGAUAUGUUAUACCUUAUAUAUAUGUAACUGAAUUUUGUUAUAUUUUUAAUAGCUGGAUCAUUAAUCAAAAUGUGCAUUGCUUUCAAAAGUUAGUAAAAAACACACAAGAAACAGAAUUCUGCAAAAGUCACUUUUUCGAUUCUUUAAGGUAUUAUAUUUUGGUCCACUGUUUAAGAUUAAAAAUGUUUUUUUUUUCCUUAGCCUUUGAUCAAUAACUGAGUGUGUGUGUGUGUGUGGGGGGGGGGGGGGGGGGGGGGUGCCUGCAGGUAACAUUGCACACAUAUUAAAGAAUGUAACCAACUCUAGAAUGGUUACAACCAACUGUAGAUCAAUAUAUUUCAUUUUUGCAAGGCUUUUCUAUCUGUACUACACCAUUUGUGUGUUUAUUUCAUAGCAAUACUUUAACAUUAAGAAAAAAAACAAUGACUGUGUGCAUUUUUUUUUAUAAACCACUUUGUACUAUGACUCUUGUAUCUAGGCUUUAGGACUAUUGUCAGCUGUUACUAAUGGUUUUGCAGGAAACCCGACAAUCAAUCUUUUUAUGACAGAAGUUUCGAUAUAAAGGAAUAGAAAUAUAGAAAAUAGAAAUAGAAAAUGUUCAAUACUUAUUUUGUUAUGUUUGAUCCCCUUUUUCUCAGCAAAUCACUAUGCCAUUAAUAAAACAAAAAAGAAAAACAAUAUUUGUAGAAUGUUCUAUUUUGCAACAUGUUUGUGUCAGUAUUUUCAUCAAUUGCUCUGUGUACAGAAUGUAGAACAUUUAAGAGGCCAUCAAUGGGUAUAUAAUAAUGCACACUAGGGCUUUCUAACUUUACUGCAAGGAAUAUCCAUACAUUACUCUGCGUACAAACGUCUUCUCUGCCUUCUUAAUGUAUUUGCACAGUUAAAAGAAAAUUGAUUGGAAGUUUUGAAUCAUUUAUGCCAAUGGGUGCUUCAAGGGAAAGCGCAGACCAUUGCUCAAAAUUAUUCAACUAUUGAUGACACACUAUAACACUUAUACAUAGAAAAUGCAUUGAGACAACUGGCUAUGCAAUGUAAAACUGCACCUACACAUAACAGUUUUACUGGAGAUUAGUACACACUGCUUAAAGUUGUGUAUGUUUUGCAGAGUUAAGCAAGUAGGCUCGGUAUGAUACAUUAUUAUUAUUAAUUAAUAUUAAUUAGUAAUUUAACAGACGCUUUUAUCCAAAGCUAGUUACAGAGACUA